UUCUCUCUCUAUCUCUCUCUAUCUCUCUCUAUACUUUUUAGGCUUGGGAAAUUGGGACCCACAAAGGUCGCCGAAAUUCUCAUAAUUAUAUCUUCAGAAGGAAGCAGACCCAUCACUCAAAGCACUUGACCACACUCACUCACUCUCACUCACUACUCAUCACUCUCUCUCUCUCUUCUUUUUUGUUUCUCUCUCUAAUUUCGCCAUGGAAUUGGCUGACAGUACUGAUGCAGCUCAAGGGGCUGGGUUCUGGUUGCCAUCUGAGUUCUUCGAUGAUUUUCUCACCGACAAAGAAAACUUCCGUGCUGACUCGGACUCCGAGUUCUUCUUUCCCACCGAGUUCCCUUACGACUUUGAAACUCAGUCAACACUGGACCACGCCGGAAGUUGGUCGAGCGGCCGUUCAAAGGACGCCGUUGAGGAUCUGAUUUCGAAGCUGAAGCUCCACGGCGCUGAUGUGACCCGACCCACCAAACAUUCGGGCCUCCUGCCCCACCCGAGAACCCUGGAUCAACUUCGACCCGCACCCACCACAAACCCUAACCACUCUGCUUUUCAAAACGUUUAUUUACAGCAGCAGCAUAUUGCGAAACAAAGCGGUGGGAUUUGGUACAGUGAGCCGCAAAUGUACCCAAUGAGGUCCGGAAGGGAAAUGGGCCAAGGCGCGUGGCUCAUUCACCACCAGAACCCGACCCGUAUUGUUGGGUCCGGUCAUACGGCGGUUUUGUCGGGUGGAUCUGUUGGCGGUGGCGGUGGCGGUGGCGGUGCGGCGGUGAAAAGAAAAAGUGCUGGGACAGGUGUGUUUUUGCCUCGAAGAUACGGGAAUAUUAAUGACAGUAACGCUCAUUCAGAUUCUCGCAAGAAGCCAGGUUAUUCGGCGCUUAACAAGAAUGUUGAUAACAUGAAUGGCUUUGUUCAAUAUCGACCACACUGUCACCCCGAUUUCGCCGGGCGAUUGAACCCCAACUAUGAAAUGUUGAUGGCUCGAAGAAACGCGCUAAUGUUUGCAACACCGGCAAAUUUUGCUACUCGAAGGCUCCUUUCCGAUGGCUUGUAAAUUCUUCAACAGUGCUUUUAGCGUAGUUUGUUGUGUGGGGCCCGUUUUUUCCAAUGGUAGAAAUUAGAACUUACUAGGUAAGAAAUGUAGCUAUUACAAAAGUUUGAUCAUGUGUGUGUAGUAGUUAGGAAGUGCAAUAAGAGAGAUCACAAGGAUGUUAUUUUUUUUUUUUUGUGGCAUUGGUUAUUUUGUAAUAGAAUGUAGUAGUUAGAUUUGAUUUUAGUGGGGAAAUAACAUAGAUUGGUUUGGUUUGGUUUUUACUUGGGGCUGUUUUUUUUUUUUUGAGUUUUGAAAUUAAUCCACAGUCCUCGUGUAAUGUACUAUUUGCAUUCAAUUGCUAAAAUUAUAAAUGUAAUAACAAAAGGUAGUUUUGUCA